AUGGAUGCCAAACGUAAAAAGUUAAAGACAUCAGACUCAGAAAUAUGGGACCAGAAAGUUGUGAGAAAGCCUCUUCAACCUAUUAGCUUGAGCUCAAUUCCAGAAAAGCAUGACCAUGCCGAAGGACACUGCUUAAGUAACAAACGAAAGGUCGACAUAUAUUGUGGCAACAAUGACUUGACUAUGGCGAAGAACUUAUCCGGUGAUAACCAAAUGGAUGCUGUUGAAGAAGGAUCACAUAACUCAGAGUCUCAACUAUCAAGUUGGAUUGUAAACACCACCAGUAAUCCACCCAAGAGGUGGAUAGAAGGAAAGGAAAACACCCUACAAGGACAAGUAUGCAAUGUAAACCCAGACACACCCAACCUGAACCAGGGAGUUAACCAGUCCCAGAUGGCACAUCAUCACAUUGCUACUAAUUUGAGUGCACAAACUCAUGACUAUCAAGAAAGAGCCACAUUAGCCAGGAAAGAAAGAUCAUCCAAGGUUGCAGGAAGGAGACAAUUGAGUUUAACACUAAACAAUAAAGGAUCAGCAACUACAAUAGACAACAAUGCAAAUUUUAUUGACCUAGACAAUUUUCGAGCCCAGCUAGAGACAGUUCAUAUGGAAUCAGUCUUGAAAGCAAAUUCAACCUCAACUUCAAGGAUGUCAAAUUCUCUUAUAGUUGAUGAUUAUGAGGUUAGCAAUUCAGGAAAUUCAGACAUGUGCAUAGAUCGCCAAAAAAAGGCCAGGAAAGACCGGAUGAUGACACUUGGUUCUAAUAGGAAAGCAGCUAUAACUGGAUGCUGUAAAGGUCAGACCGAUGUCAUAAAUGGGGAUCUUAUGAACUAUAAAGAUAGAUCCAAAUGCGACCUCAGGCGGGAUUCCUUUGUCGCCGUUCAUUCCGGGACCACCAACAGUGCCCAUGGUCAAGCAAAAGAAGUUAGAAUGAAGCGGAGAUUCAUUUUGGAUGGUGCAAAGCAGCACAAAACCAGUUCAGGUGUCUCCAGUGAGGAUGGACACAGAUCUCAAAUAAAUGAAGUACCUAGCAAUGAUAGAAGGAGGCUGAAUACUAGCAAAGGCAAAAAAAGAUUACAAAAGAAUAUAGCAAGAUCUGUUGGGAUAGAAGUAUACAACAGUGAAUAUUUGCACAUGGGUUCUGCACAACAUUCAUGUGAAUUCUGUCAUUCAUUAUUUUGGUAUGCCGAAAGGAUCAACAAAAAUUACAACACAAGUGAGCCUAAAUACACACUAUGUUGUAGAGGCGGCCAAGUUCAAAUUCCUCAUCUUCAAGAAGCUCCCAAGGCAUUGUAUAAUUUGUUAUACGGUGAUGACAUCAAAAGCAAGCACUUUCGGGAGAACAUUAGAUCUUACAAUAGCAUGUUUCAAUUCACAUCUAUUGGUGCCAAGAUAGACAAAGCGAUAAAUAAUUCGAGAGGGCCACCAACCUUUAGAUUAUUUGGUGAGAACUAUCACCUAAUGGGUAGCCUUAUCCCACCAGAUGGUAGUAGAGCAAAGUUUGCUCAGCUAUAUGUAUUUGAUACUCAAAAUGAAGUUCAAAACCGCAUUUCUGCUAUCAGGGGAGAGGAAAACAAUGAUAUUCACGAAGACAUAGUCAAAGAAUUGAAGUCAAUGCUAGAUGAAAACAAUGUGUUGGUGAAAGCAUUUCGUAUGGUUAGGGAAUCGAUGUCUUCGACCUCUAGGUCCACAGUGAAGCUAAGGCUUAUAGGAAAGCGGGGCAAAGAUGGGAGAAGAUAUAAUUUACCAUCAACCAGUGAGGUUGCUGCAUUAAUUGUGGGUGAUUUUGAUGUAGAUAAAACUGAUAGAGAUAUUAUUGUGGAGACACAAAGUGGAAGGUUACAAAGGAUCAACCAGCUAAAUCCAGCUUAUUUAGGCUUGCAAUACCCUUUGCUAUUUCCGUACGGAGAAGAUAGUUAUAAGGAAGAUGUUCCACUUAACAAGAGUAAUCCAGAUGGCGGAAAGGGGCGACAGGAUGUAACGACGAGGGAAUUUUUUGUGUUUAGAAUACAAGAACGAUUGUCCGAUGGAUCCCCAUUAUUAUAUUCUAGGAGACUAUUCCAGCAAUUUUUGGUUGAUGGUUUUUCGAUGAUAGAGUCAGCCAGGUUAAACUACAUACGUCUUGACCAAGAGAAGUUCAGAUGUGAGAUGUACAAGGGUAUCAAAGAAGCAGUACUAAGUGGGGAGACAGCACCAUCUUCUCGCGGCAAACGUAUUAUAUUGCCGUCUUCAUUCACUGGAGGGCCUAGGUACAUGAUUCAAAACUACCUUGAUGCAAUGGCAAUAUGCAAGGUAGUCGGUUACCCAGACCUUUUCAUUACAUUCACGUGUAAUCCAAAGUGGCCUGAAUUAGAAGAAUUCUUAAAGAACAGAGAACUAAAUGCUGAAGACCGACCGGACAUGGUAUGUAGGGCUUUUAAGAUGAAGUUGGAUUAUUUAGUUAAAGACAUAAGAACCAAGAAGAUAUUUAGACGGGUUUCUGCAGUGAUUUACACCAUCGAGUUUCAAAAACGUGGGCUACCUCACACACACAUGUUGUUGUUUCUACAUCGUGAUGACAAGUAUCCUAUUGCAAAAGAUAUUGACAAGAUUAUAUCCGCUGAAAUACCAGAUAAUGAGACUGAUCCAGAAUACUAUGAAGCAGUGGGGAAGCACAUGAUGCAUGGUCCAUGUGGUUCAGCCAAGAAAGAUUCACCAUGCAUGGAAGAUGGGAAAUGCAUCAGACACUUCCCCAAGCGAUUUGUUGAAAACACAACAAUUGACGAAGAUGGUUAUCCAGUAUACAGACGCAGAGAUGAUGGAAAGACAAUCAUGAAGUCAGGUAUUGAUCUUGAUAACCGUUAUGUCGUUCCUCAUAAUAGGUAUUUAUUGAUGAGAUAUGGAGCACACAUCAAUGUUGAGUGGUGCAACCAAUCUAGAUCAAUAAAGUAUCUAUUCAAGUAUGUUAACAAAGGACACGACCGUGUAACUGCAUCAUUUUACAAAAGUGCAACCGAAGAUGCGAAUAAGGAUGAGCACGAUGAAAUCAGUAUGUAUUAUGAUUGUCGAUAUAUAUCUCCAUGCGAAGCUGCUUGGAGGAUUUUUGGAUACAACAUUCAUUAUAGAGACCCGUCUGUGGUAAGGUUGGGAUUUCACUUGCCAAACGAGCAACCAGUGAUUUUCAGAGAUGACGAGAAUUUGGAAGAUGUUGCUAGAAAGGCUUCUGUCAAGGAAUCCAUGUUUUUGGAAUGGUUUGAAACGAACAAGUCAUAUCCCGAAGCCCGGUCACUUACUUAUGCUGAAUUCCCAACAAAAUUUGUAUGGAAAGCAAAGGAGAGGAAAUGGUCUCCACGAAAGUCACAUGCUGUGAUAGGUCGCAUUUUCUUUGUCCCUCCGGGGUCGGGUGAAAGUUACUACCUUAGACUACUUCUCAAUUAUGCUAAAGGGCCUAAAUCAUAUGAAGAAAUACGAACAAUAGAUGGUGUUCUUCAUUCAUCAUUUAGGGAUGCAUGUUAUGCACGAGGUCUUUUAGAUGAUGAUAAAGAAUACGUUGAUGCAAUAAAAAAAGCAAGUCAUUGGGGAUCAGGAGUUUAUUUGAGAAAGCUAUUUGCAAUAUUGUUGUUUUCAAAUUCCAUGGAAAGGCCAGAACAUGUAUGGGAAAAGACAUGGAAUUUGCUUUCAGAUGACAUACUUCAAAAACAAAGAAGAAUAAUGAAAAAUCCAGAUCUAAGGCUGACAAAUGAGGAAUUGAAGGAGUUAACUCUAAUAGAUAUUGAGCUAAUACUCAAGGGGUACAACAAGAGUCUUAGAGAUUUUGAAUCCAUGCCACAGCCCAACUUUGACUCAUGCACCUCUCAGAUGAUGUCCAAUAGGGUCAACAGGCUUCUUUGUGAUGAGCUACAUUAUGAUAGACGUAGAUUAGCUGAGGAACACUCUAUUGGACUAGAUCAGAUGACAACUGAACAGAGAUCAGCAUAUGAUAAAAUCAUGGAAGCGGUCCAUCGUUGUAGCGGAGGAGUUUUCUUCUUAUAUGGAUUCGGUGGAACUGGAAAAACGUUUGUGUGGAAGACAUUAGCUUCGGCAUUAAGGUCUAGAGGUCAAGUUGUUUUGACCGUUGCUUCAAGUGGAAUAGCUUCUUUGUUAAUUCCAGGUGGCAGGACAGCUCACUCACGAUUUGCUAUCCCACUCAAUGUAGAUGAGUUCUCCACGUGCAACAUAAAACAGGGGAGUGAUUUAGCUCAGUUGUUGGUUAAAACAAAAUUAAUUAUCUGGGAUGAAGCUCCAAUGGUUAACAAAUAUUGUAUAGAAGCCCUUGACCGGACAAUGCGAGAUAUUCUAAGAUUCAAGAAUAUUAACAGCCUAGAUCAACCAUUCGGUGGGAAGACAGUUGUUUUUGGAGGGGACUUUCGACAAAUUUUACCCGUUAUACCAAAGGGUACAAGACAAGAAAUUGUAAACGCAAGCAUUAACUCAUCGUACAUUUGGAAUAGCUGCAAGUUGUUGACACUAACAAGAAACAUGCGUCUUAGUGUAGGCUCAGGUAAUGCAAGCUCAAAUGAGUUGAAUCAAUUUUCCGAAUGGAUACUAAAAAUUGGGGAUGGUAACAUUGGAAUAUCUAUGGGUGGCGUUGACAAAGUAGAAAUUCCCGAUGACAUCCUUAUACAUGAUUGGAUCGACCCCAUAGAGGCUAUUUGUAAGGCCACUUAUCCGGAAUUGUUUGGACCCCUAGAAUCACAUCAUUGUUUGCAUGAUAGAGCCAUACUCGCACCGACAUUACAACAUGUCGAUGAAAUAAACAACUACAUGAUGACUUUGAAUUCGGCUGAAUCGCAAACUUUUUUUAGCUCAGACAAAGCAUGCCCCACAGAAGGGAACAAUGAGUUACUAGCAUCGGUACACACACCUGAAUUUCUAAACACUAUUAGAUGUUCAGGUGUUCCGAAUCAUGAGCUUACACUAAAAGUGGGGACACCAAUCAUGCUCUUAAGAAACAUUGAUCAUGCUGCUGGGUUGUGCAAUGGGACACGUUUAGUAGUUACGAAGCUUGGAAAACACAUUAUAGAAGCACAGAGCAUUUCAGGAAAACACACAGGCAACAAAGUUUUUAUUCCAAGGAUGACACUAAGUCCAUCGGAUCACCGGAUCCCAUUCAAGUUCCAACGUCGGCAAUUUCCUAUCAUGGUUUCAUAUGCAAUGACUAUUAAUAAGAGCCAAGGUCAAUCAUUGUCUAAGGUUGGAUUGAUUCUCAAAAAACAAGUCUUUACUCAUGGUCAACUAUAUGUGGCAAUUUCUAGGGUCACUCAUAGGGAUGGGUUGAAGAUAUUGUUAUGUCAUGAUGAUAACAAUGGCAAUCAAACUGAAAAUGUGGUUUUCAAAGAAGUUUUUAGGAAUGUUGGGUGUACGUGA